CUUCACUUGUUCACCUAUAACCCUUGACCCGAGGUCAUACCCAUCAGGCAUCGCGGGAAACAUGGAAGGGAUCGGGACAGAAAUCACUCACAAAAUCCGGAGUGCUAUAAAAGCAAAGCUUGUGGACCUGGGAGCUUACGUAGACGAUGAGCUGCCAGACUACAUCAUGGUAAUGGUGGCCAACAAGAAGAGCCAGGCCCAGAUGACAGAGGACCUCUCCCUGUUCCUGGCCAACAACACAGAGAAGUUUACUGCCUGGCUCCACGGAGUCCUGAGCAAGCUGCAGAAUGCAACAGAAGGAGAAGUGAACACAGUGUUCCAGCAGGAGUCAGAAGCUGUGAGCAGGAGUGCCUCAGCCAAGGCCAUGGCAACCAUCACCAGUCAGAAGUCGUCUGUGGCAGCAGCUGUAGCCAGUGUGUCCACACCUGUUUCCACCCAGCAUCUGGCAGCCCCCCCUCCUGCAGCCCCCGCCCAGGCCCCUGCUCUGAUCCCCCCUCCUGCCGUCCCCCCUCCAGAACCCAUCAUCUCCAUCAAGCCUGACGACUCGGACAUGAUGGAGGAGCUGGAAACUGAGGAGCCUGCUGCCACCCCUGCUGUGUUGGUACAGUCCAGACACUCUGUUGCAGCCCCUGUACAGUACCAGGCUGUUACCACCUCCCCUCCCAAACACAGACCUUCAGCUGUGGCCAGGCCUGCUACUAAACAGUCAUCUGUACAGUAUCUACCACAGUCCCCAGUGAAGCCCCGGCUGUCAGCAGUGUCCAGUCGCAGUGGCCAUCAUGGCAGGGAGGUGUCCAGUCAGCAUGUGUCACAGGUGCACCCUGUUGCGAGGAAGCGUAAGACUCCGUCCUCCGUGGUAGGUUCUGUGAUCCUGUCGGCUGCUCCUGAGUAUGAGUCGGAGGAGGAUGAACCCCUGAGGAAGGGCGUGGCCAGUACCGUCAAGGUCCCGGAGAGGAGACCCAGCCUGCCUCCCUCCAAACAGGCCAACCGCUCCCUGCUGCUGAGGGCCAUCUCUGAGGCUAACCAGUCUGCUGGGAAGGCCAAGGGCAGACAGGAGCACGCACAGGAGGUCAUGGUGCAGCCCAUGCAGUAUGACCCCAUGGUGGGGUCAGCUGCAGGUAUGGAGUACCAUCCAACCAGCUACAGGCCGACAGUGAGGGUCGAAGGUCACCAGAUGGGAGGUUACAGAAGUUUCCGUAACAUUGUCUCCAGGACGAUCCUACCCAGCCCAGUCCAGGAGGAGGACUACCAGGAGCAUGACAUGGCUUCCCCGCCUGGUGACCGGAGGAACGUCGUGUCAAAGGAAGAAGAGGACGACGAAGGAAUCGGGCCUGAUGACGAGCGCUCGGUCGCGAUCGCGUGGCACACAGCGGGCCGACAGACUACCGCCACCGCCAGCCGUGUUCCUGUGGUCAGCAGGGUUGCCAUGGAGACCAGGAGGGUCAUCCAGGACAGGACUCCGCCCAAGACAGUCCCUGUCAGCCCAAUCUUCACUGUCACCUUGGACGGAGAGCCUUCCUCCCUACAGACACUGGAGCUGCCCAAGAAGCGUCCGGCCAGCCCUAAGUUCAUCGUGACGCUGGACGGAGUGGACCCCCCGCCGGGGCGAGGCAGCUCGGGGGACGAGGCGGAUGAUGAGGCUGGGGAGGGGAGUGGGCCGUCCGAACCGGAGGUCCCCUCCAAGAGGAUGAGAGUGUCGCCCGGUCUGGCUCCUCCCAGGGUGCAGCGGACAUUACCUGGUAGCCAUGGCAACGUACAGCAGGUCACCUUCACCUUGGAUGACUCUGAUGAAGAGAUGGACGUGUCACCUGGUGAGGCUGGUGUGGAGAAGAAGAACGAGCGCUGCCACUUCUGGCCGGCAUGCAAGAACGGAGACGAGUGUCCCUUCAUCCAUCCCAACACUCCCUGCAGGAACUUCCCGAGCUGUAAGUUUGGGGAGAAGUGUCUGUUCAUCCACCCCAACUGUAAGUUUGAUGCCAGGUGCACACGGAAGGACUGUCCCUUCACCCACGCCAGCCGCAGGCAGAUUAGUCCAGCUGCAGCUGCAGCCACUCCAUUCUACUCCAGUCCGUCCCAGCCUGCCUUCUCCUUCCCCAGUCCUGCGCCCCCCACCCCACCAGUACCCAACAAGUCCAACAAGCCAGUCUGCAGGUUCUACCCUAACUGUACCAGGACAGACUGUCCAUUCAUACACCCCAAGCCGUGUCGUUACGGCCUGUCCUGCACCAGGCCAGACUGUGUCUUCAGCCACCCCAACCUGCCACCUCGCUCUGCAUUCAAGUGGAGCGCCUCCAGCCACAUCAGUGAAAGGAAGUUUGCAGAUGAGACCAAAGUGACACACGUACCAACACUCUCCUCGUGAUGACCAGAGCAUAACCACUCACAGAAGUACUAGUACUCGGUCAUCACAGCAAUGUUUUACUCUGUCCAGUGGAGAUGGCAUUACUGACAUAUUUUUAGAACCCAACAAUAUUUUGUUAUUGCACUCUUGAGUAGCACUGAAGGAAAUGAGUUUUCUUGUGGGUGAAAAAAUCUUGGUUUGUGACUUUAAAGUGUGACCAAAGGAUGGAGCAAAGAUUUAUGUGAAAAAGAGAGAUGAUACUAGCCUGGGUACCAUCCUACUUGUAUGCCGGGGAGCGAGUGUGGG